AUGUUUCUUACGCUGUUUGCCCUUGCUGUUGUCCGCUCUGCUUGUUCUGACGGACAUGACCUGAGCUGUAGUUUGCAGAAGAGGCCACCCGGGCUCCUGCGACUGGACACGGAGGAGCCUUCGCUUGAAGAGCCUUUUGCAGGGCCCGAGUCGCGGCCUGAUGAAGGGCCCUGGUCCACGCCGGGCGUGCGCUUCCAGGAAUGUGGCCGAAGGAAGAACCAGAGACGUGCGACGCUGUCAACGUUGCUCCAAACUGUGGCACUCGACCGAGGCCGCGAGAAGCCUUUGCGUGACCGGGUCAGGUGCCGGACCGGCCAGAUGCUGAUUGGCAACUUUGUGGGCAACCAGUACAGCUUCACUUGUUGCGAUGCUGGCCAGCAGUGCGGAGGCUGCCGCAAGAUUGUAAAUGGCGCCUGCCAAGAAUGCGCCGCUGGCUACGUCCACCAACAGAUCCCGCUUCUGAACGUAACGAAGUGCUUCUUGUGUGACGAUGUGCCUGGAUGGCAAGACGCCCACGGCCUCGGCUGUCGGGACUAUGAAUCCCAGGGUUUCUGCCACGGCUUCGUAGAGGCCGGCCACGAUGACCCCUUUCACGGAGUGCGGCCCAGUGAGGCCUGCUGCGCAUGUGGCGGGGGCAGCGUGCAAGCCACGCCCACUUCCAUGCCCUUCGCCCAGAAAUCCCUGGUGUAUGGGGAUGUCGUCGAUGAGUUCCCGGAGCCCCAAGCCUUGGGAAGUGAGCUCAGCAGCUGCAACCUUGCGCAGUGGGGCCUGCAUAUCUCGGGGUCCCCUGGGCGGAUUCAGGGCAACAUCUCAUCUCCCAGCCAGAGCAGCACGGAGAUCAAGUGCUCCUUGGUGCUGAUGCAAGAUCCCAUUCGAGGAAUCUCCGCGACAGUUAGCCUGAAGAUUCCGGUGGCCUCGUUCUCUUACGGACAGCAACUGCUGGUCUUCAAAUACUGGGGUUUGGAUCCGGAGCCAGCGACGAAGCCCUUUCCUCUCCACCAACAGACACUACCGCAGGGCCAGUUCUUGGAGAAUUUCCGGCUGCACUGCAACUGCCCGUGGCUUCGGAUGCUGCCGAACAGCGCGCUCGUGGCCGGACCGCUGCCGACGCCUCCGGAGGUGCAGGGGCCUUCCCUCUACGGCUCGGGUGUGCCCUCCUGCGCCUGCCAGGUUUCAGCAGAGCAGGUCCACUACCGCCGCGGCAGGCAGCGGCAGGUGGACGGCCAGGAAUCCACCAGCUUCACCGUGGCCCAGGCACGCCUUUGGAAAGCAGGUGCCUACAAGGUGCCAGUGCUUCAGGGCCGUGUCGGCGUGUCGCUGGAGGUCUCGCCGCUACAGGAGUAUCUCCCGGGCUUCAGCUGGUCCGAGGCUCCCGAGGAUCUGUCCCUGGAGUACCCCAUCCUGGAGAACAUCUCCUCGGGUGCUCGGUUCGCCGUCACGCCGGCCGUAGCCCCGGAGAUUCUGGACGUACAGUGCCGUGACGGCGGCGAUGCUACCUACGCCUGGUCCCGGAGCACCGGUGACAUCACCCGCGAGGGUAAGGAUUACGAGAGUCAGGUUGCCGCGAGAAGCGGCGUGGCACAGGCAGCUGAGAAGGGCGAGGACGAAGGCCCGUACGCGAGAGAAAAAAGGCUACGCGAGGCCGCGGCCGAGAACACUUACCUACGGGCCAGGCCAUCCGAAGAGAUGGCUCCGUGGGGCUGUGGUUGCGGCAACACCAACAAGGCAUCGGCAUUCUACUGUGCCUCUUGUGGCAGCAGGUGGGACGAGAUGACAUACAGUGGCCCUCGCCAGAACAAAGGCAAGGGCAAUGGAUGGCAAAAGGACCAGGGGUGGCAAGAUGGAGCAGCAUCACCACGUCGCUGGACUACACAGUCAUGGAGGACGAAGUCCCCCAGGCGCAGGAAUGGGCCCAAGAGCACUGGACGGGGUCGCGGCCAGGAGCAAACCAAGGGCAAGGGAGCUGGGAGCAAGGCUGGAAGCAGCGCGGACACUACAACUACUCCAGCCGCCCAUGCUUUCCGACUACCAGAACCUCCUGCGAGGCAAAGAUUGCCGGCUCCAGCCGGAGCACCGAAGGACGCCGAAGCACUGCCAGCAGCCUCAGGAGAUCGCCAGGCACUGGACAAGCUGCUACAGACGAUGAGGGCCAACGAGCAGGACCUCACGCCACAACUUCGGGAGCUCCUGGAGCAGCACAAGCACGAGGACGCCAAGGCCGAGGCGAGAAGCCUACACAGAGUUGUGACCUCGAAGGCCUCGGCCAAGAAGGAGCUUACCCGCUUGCGGGCAGCCAGAGCGAGCUAUUUGCAAGCUUGGACGGGCUAUCUGGACAAGGUGAUCGUCACCAUUCAGCAGCAGCUCGAGGAACACGACGCCACCAUGGCCGACUUCACACUGAAGGAAGGCCAGUGGGAACAGUCGCUGCAGGAAUCUGCGACGGCCCUGGCUCGCCUAGCAACGGAAGCGGACCAGAUCGAGACCAUCUCCGACGCCGAGGACGAUGCCAUGGAAGCUUCCGAGGCCAAGGUAGAAGCAUCAUGCCAGGCAGAGCUCCAGGCGCAACGCGUGGAGGAGCGCAGCAUUGCAGCCUCGACGCAAAGCCAGACCUUGCUGGCGGCACUUGCGGCAGCCAAAGCCAAUGCAGUCGAGGAUCAGCAGAAGGACCAGGCCAGGGAGCGCACGCCACGACGAGCCAAAGGUGCGGAUGGUGCAGCGAAGAAAGAGGGUGGCGAGUUGCCUACGACGAAGAAAGAUGGCAACGAGCUGCCCCCUGGCGGGGCCUCAUGA